AGGGUGAAUGAAUAUCUAAAAGACUGAAACAAUACAUUUUUUUAGGGUAGAUUUAAACUGUCACGCUAACAAAUUCCCUAGUAAGUCAAAACUAAUUUUUUUUACUAUAUUGGAAAAUAUUGGAAACAACAAGAACAAUUGAGGUGACAGUGUUUGUCUUCACUUGUACUACGUUUUCACUUGUUUAGAUUGCAUAGUUUUCUUCUCAAAUCUUAUAAAUGGACAACACUUUCUUAACCUUGUUGUUGUUCUUGUUCUUCUUUUGCUUUCUGCACCACCCCGUUUCUGCAUCAAAUCUACACAAAAUCAAGCAACUAAACUCAAAUCAUCUUUCUCAACUCACAUCAUCUUCACCAAUCAAAUAUUUUGAGGUAACAAAACCAAUUAAACUCCCAAAAGCAUCAAAACCAUGUUCAUACCACAUUCUUCAUCAUGAUUUUGGUUACACAUAUGGAAAUCCCCCAGUUCUUGCUAACUACACCCCUCCCUCUCAUUGCUCAUUUAAAAAAUUCUCCAAAAUUGUUCUUGAAUGGAAAGCAACAUGCGAGGGAAGACAAUAUGAUCGAAUUUUCGGUGUUUGGCUUGGUGGAGUUGAGUUACUCAGAAGCUGUACUGCAGAACCAAUAGCAAAUGGGAUUGUUUGGAGUGUUGAAAAAGACAUCACAAGGUAUAAAUCUUUGUUGUUGAAUCAUCAACAAAAUCAAACCUUAGCUGUUCUUUUAAGGAACAUUGUUGAUAAAACUUAUACUGGUGUUUAUCAUGUUGAUAUCACUAUUCACUUUCACGGUUACCCUUUUGAUGUUAAGAAGACUCAUAAGACAAAAAAGUUUGAUUCUUUAGCAUUUAGGAGUGGUUUUCAUGCAGAUUUGAUCUUGCCCAUUUCAAGGAAUCUCCCAAAAAAUGAUGUGUUGUGGUUUGAAAUUCAAAAUUCAACUGAUGUGGGUGUAAAGGAAUUUGUGGUUCCUCAAAAUGCUUAUAGGGCUGUGUUAGAAGUGUAUGUUUCAUUUCAUGAGAAUGAUGAGUCUUGGUAUAGUAAUCCUCCAAAUGAAUAUCUUGUUGCAAAUAACAUUACUGAUAGUAACCCUGGAAAUGGACCCUUUAGAGAGGUUGUAGUUACUCUGGAUGACAAGGUUGUUGGUUCAGUUUGGCCUUUUACUGUGAUUUUCACCGGAGGGGUUAAUCCUCUCUUGUGGAGACCGAUCACUGCGAUCGGCUCAUUUGAUCUUCCGUCUUAUGAUAUUGAAAUUACACCUAUUUUGGGGACAAUAUUGGAUGGAAAGAAGCAUUUGUUUGGGUUUAGUGUGACAAAUGCAUUGAAUGUUUGGUAUAUUGAUGCAAAUUUACAUCUUUGGUUGGAUACAAAGAGCAGUAGAACAGAAGGAGAGCUCGUGAAUCAUGUUGACAAACCUUUGGUUGAAUCUCUAGUAACCGACUUUAAUGGUUUAAACGGAACGUUCUUGACUAGUGCAAAGAAGUCCAUUUUGUCUACUGGAUGGGUUAGAUCCUCCUUUGGUAAUAUCACAACCAGUUUUGUUCAAGAUUUUGAUUACUACAAUUCAAUGGUUAUGAGGAAGAAUGGGAGCAAACAAACUGUGAAUCAAAUUAUAUCUUUCAACGACAGUAUUCGGGCUAAACUUCCAUCCUCCUAUCUAGAUUUGGUCGAUGACACAUACAGAAAAUUUUCCCUUUACUUGGACACAGAUGAACUAAAGGAGGAUAAUGACACUUAUUUAGCUGUUUCAAAUUUUACAUUAGGAUUUGAUGAGAAUAAGUCUAAGAGCAAGGUUUCCGGAAUUUCAAAUAGCUUUCUAAAAAAUGUGCAGGACGGCCAGGGUACAAUGGUUGUUAAAAAGAAUUUGGUUGUUAGUGGAGUGGGUGCAACACAACAAAAUUACAGAUAUAAAAGCAAUGAACAUUGCUACUCUAGGAAAAUUGGCAGCUCAAAUUAUACAAUUCUCUAUGAUAAAGUCAAAGAUACAUGCAACAAAAGAAGUCACUCUCGUUUUGGCAAUUUUAUCAGAAAGUUUCCCACUAUGCUCUAGAGUGAGUCCCUUUCUAGCUUCAAUCAAGGAGCUAAUUUCUGUAGUGUCUGUCAAAUUCUUUUCAUUUCACGUUACAUAUGGAAACACGCAAGAAUUGCCUUCUCUCUAUUGUUGUUGUUUUGCGUAGUUUCUUUGUAUGUGUGUUCUGAUUUGAAGUUUAUUGUGUUAAUUUGUUUGAGUUUGAACUUACUGAACAUUGUGGAAUAUGAAUGUCUGUUUUUAGUAUUAAUCCAAUGAUGAGAUUUCUGUUUUCUGGAA